AAAAAAAAUUACUAACCUGCUCUUUGAGCAGUUUGGGUCGAGUAAGAGAUUUUGUAGAAUAAAUGAAAUUUUAUUGCACCAUAACAAAUAAUUGUUAAUCGUUUAACUUUAAUUAAGUUUUACAAUUUUUAUGGUACAUUUCUUUUUGCCACUUACAAUUAAAGCACUUAGCAAAUUAGUUUCCUAAUAGAUAGUAAGCGCCGGUGAAAUUGUGAUCAUGGCGAAUCCGUCAUCAGGCGUUGUUGUUCCACGUAAUUUUCGACUUCUAGAAGAACUUGAGCAAGGUCAGAAGGGAGUGGGCGAUGGGACUAUAUCUUGGGGUCUCGAGAGUGAUGAUGAUAUGACCCUGACUCACUGGACUGGCAUGAUAAUUGGCCCACCUAGGACUCCAUAUGAAAAUAGGAUGUACUCACUCAAAAUUGAAUGCGGUACUCGGUAUCCCGAUGAACCUCCUACAGCCAGAUUUAUGUCUAGGAUCAAUAUGAAUUGUGUGAACAGCCAAACUGGACUUGUGGACAACAGACAAGUGCCGAUACUGGCGCGGUGGCAGCGCGACUACACGAUCAAGACGGUGCUGCAGGAGCUGCGGCGUCUCAUGACCCUCAAGGAGAACAUGAAGCUCUCGCAGCCUCCAGAGGGCAGUACCUUCUAGCUUCACAUCAUUCUAAUGUCUCAACAACCCAAUCUACUCUAUCUACCAAUUUUUAAUAGUAUUAAUACCGUUCCAUAACGUAAAUUAUACCGAUCAUAAUCUUAACUAUCUACGUUAAAGUUUAGUGUCAUUUUGAAUUAUAUGAUUUUUUUCAUAAUCUUAACUGCAUUUAUGUAAAUGAAAUGUAUCUUCUGUUACCUUUUAAAGUAGAUUGGGUGAAUAUUUAAUAUAUAAGGAUCACUUUUAAUGGCUCCUACCUUCCCACUUAGAGGGUAUACACCCUUUUAUUUAUCAAAUUACCUAAAUUAUUGUGGCCUUUAUAAAAAGUCAAACUUGCUUUUUUCUAAUUAAGGCUAGUUUUACCAGCGGUGUAAUUUCAGUUGUAACCAAAUUAUAACCCGUAAAUUAAACGAAAUCAAAUUUAUAAAUAAUCCAAUGAUGAACUCGGCUAAGGAAAUAUUGACUUUGUUUAUGGUAAUUAUAACUGUAUUCUUUAAUCUCUAUGGAUACCAGAUACUAAAAUUUUAAGGGUUAUAGUAAUAUCUAUGAAAAUAAUCUUAUACUGAAUUACGUCAUAAAAAUUUGAUUUACCUAAAACAUGAGCAAGAGUUGCAUAUUUUAGGAAAUUUUUAUUUCUUAGGCACAUAA